AUGGGGAACUUCAACAUUACUUUGGACAAGGGUUUCAUUUUGGUGGGCUUCUCAGAUUGGCCUCAACUAGAACUUGUCUUCUUUGUAAUCAUUUCAGUUUUCUACUCCCUAAGUCUUUUUGGCAACAUUCUCUCCCAACUAGACCUGCAACUGCACACAACCAUGUACUUCUUCCUCUGCCACCUCUCCUUUCUGGAUCUCUGCUAUACCACCAGCACUGUGCCCCAGUUUCUGGUCAACCUUUCUGGACUUGACAGGACCAUCAGCUAUGGAUGGUGUGUGGCCCAACUUAUCAUGUCCCUCUCCCUGGGUGGAACUGAGUGUGUGCUCUUGGUGAUGAUGGCCUUUGAUCGCUAUGCUGCUGUGUGCCAUCCACUUCAGUACACGACCAUUAUGCACCCCCUUCUCUGCCAGGCACUGGCUACUACUUCCUGGUUGGGAGGACUUGUGAACUCUCUGAUUCAAACAGUCCUCACAAUGGCCAUACCUCUGUGUGGCCAUCUCCUGAAUCACUUCUUCUGUGAGAUGCCUGUGCUCCCAAAGUUGGCUUGUGAGGACACAAGAGGAACAGAGGCCAAGAUGUUUGUGGCACCAGUCAUAACGGUUGCCACAACUGCAGCUCUAAUUCUGGGCUCCUAUGCCCACAUCGCAAGGGCAGCAUUGAAGACCAGGUCAAUGGCUGGGUGCAGAAAAGCUUUUGAAACUUGUGGCUCUCACCUCUUGGUGGUUUCUCUGUUUUAUGGAUCUGCCACAUACACAUACCUACAGCCCAUGGGCAGUUAUUCUGAGAGGGAGGGAAAGUUUGUUGCCCUUUUUUAUACUAUAAUCACCCCCAUGCUCAAUCGUCUGAUUUAUACCCUGAGGAACAAGGAUGUGAAGGGGGCUCUGAGGAGGGUACUAGGGAAAGUCAGAGAUUCAGGAUAA